CUCCAAUGAGAAAAACGUAAACACAGCUGUAAGACCUAAAAAAUUACAAAAACAUCGAAAAUCCGAGCAAAAGUCCGUUAAUAAAACCAUAGAAUCCUACACCCUAACGAUGUGAUAGGGACAAAAUGUGUUUCGAACAAUGUGCCGAAUGUUUUCCGCGAUGGAAACUGUGGAUAAGACCCCUUUUCAUUGCGGUCUAUGCAAUUGCAGCCCUCGUUUUUGUCCCCGUUUUCCUCCUAAAAUCCCUUAAAGACGGUUUUAAUAGGCACGACUUGGAAGUUCUUAUUGCUGCGGUUUUUGUUGGGGCUGCUAUACCGAUUUCAUUAUGGGAAAUCAUCCAACAUGUUAUACAUUAUACUCAGCCGAGGUUACAAAAAUUUAUUAUAAGGAUCCUCUGGAUGGUUCCAAUUUAUGCCAUAAAUGCUUGGUUAGGGCUUACUUAUCCGGAUGCCUCAGUGUAUGUAGAUAGUGCAAGGGAAUGUUAUGAAGCUUAUGUCAUAUACAACUUCUUACAAUUUCUUUUAAACUAUUUAAAUAUGGAAAUGGAUCUGGAGGCUAAUUUAGAGUGUAAACCACAGGUAAAGCACACAUUUCCCAUGUGCUGUUUGCCUAAUUGGGAAAUGGGAAGGCCAUUUGUUCAUAUAUGUAAACAUGGAAUUUUACAAUAUACUGUCAUGAGGCCCCUCACUACUGCCAUAUCUGUGAUUUGUAAAAUAUUACAAGUUUAUGGAGAUGGACAGUUUAAACCUAGUGUUGCUUUUCCUUAUUUAAUAGUUAUAAACAAUAUAUCACAGUCUAUUGCUAUGUAUUGCCUAAUAAUGUUUUACAGAGCUUGUAAAUAUGAAUUGAAGCCUAUGGAACCUUUACCUAAAUUCUUAUGUAUUAAGGCUGUGGUGUUCUUUUCUUUUUUCCAAGGUGUUUUGAUAGCUUUUUUUGUGUACACUGGAGCCAUAAGUUCAACAGAACCAGAUGUAGAUGGGGUUUCCUUAUCAACAAGAUUACAGGAUUUUUUAAUUUGUAUAGAGAUGUGCUUGGCAGCCAUUGCCCACCAUUACAGUUUUUCUUAUAAACCCUAUGUAAAGCCGGGAACAAGACCCCAAUCGUGUUGCAGCUCUUUUCUUGCCAUGUGGGAUAUUUCUGAUGUUGGUAGGGAUGUACAGGAGCAUUUGAGUAUUGUCACUUCUUCUAUAAGCCGUACAAUCCGAGGCAGAAGUACAUACUCAAUACCCAGAGGCAGUGACGAAUAUCAAAACCUGAUGUCCCCCCGAGAGGGACACAAUCUUCCUGCUGAUUUUUACCAAGGUCAAGACGAGGUCGUCGUCAAUUACGGGACGUAUGGUAGCCUAAGUUCCAGUACCCCAUCGUCGAAUACCCCCGUUAGGACGCAUAGUGUCGGGACAAGUAUGAGACCUGUUUAAGUCUAUGUAUGUACAUUAUAUUAGUUAAAAUAACACAUUCUAAUCAUCUUAACCAUUGAUCAAGUAGAAGUAAGUCAGUUUGAUUUUAUAAUUUGUCACUUGAUAAGAGAACCUGUAUAGAAGUGUAUCGAUAGAGUUUAACAGGAUUUUGUCGCAAACAGAAAUGUCAAUGUCCAAGUUUUUUGUGAUAUAAAUAAAUUUGCUGGUUGAAGCAGGUUUGAUUGUAAAUAUAAUUAAAAAGUUGGCAUUAAAUCAGCAUAUGCAGAAAGGACAUUGUAAAAAGAAUUUUAUCCGAUUUUUUUACUUCUCAAAUUUUCACUUCGUAAUGAAGCAAUAGAUCAUGGAAAAUUUCCAAGGAAAUGUAUUGAUAAUCCCCAGAUAUAACUUCAUUGCUAUCGUGUUUUAUGAUUUGAGUAAGGCGUUUAACUAUGUGGAACUGCUUUAUACAUAUAUGUUUCCAAAAUGGACAUUAUAUAUAAUUUGUUUGAAUUAAGUAUAUAAAAUAAAGCUAUAUUUAAAGAUAAAAAGUGGCUUACAAAAUUAAACUUUACCAGAAAAGUGUCAAAACUAAUAGGAAUUAGGUAUACCAAAGACCUACAUAUUAAAUAUGAAACACUACUCGUGGACUCGUUAUUAACUACCUGUAGUUAUGUGGAUAAGAUCCGUCUUAGGACUGAUCAAAAGAUUAUCAAGUCCAAACGUUUCUGGAAAUGUAUAACAUAAUGCAAGUAUCUAAACAUAGUCCAUUUGUAUUUUGACGUUUAUCUCGUCACAGAAAGAACAGGUAUCUGAACGAGCGUACCCAAAACUAAUGUUGAAGUUAUUGUUAAAAAUUUGAUAGCUGUCGUAAGAUAAUUUAAUAUCAUGAUGUUUUUGUUUAAACAAUUUAUGCAUUUUUGCAACAUUUAGGUCCUCCGAUAGAUACGUUUUCUUGGACUUACUUAAGCUGUAAUGGCUGCUACAGGAUUUGAAAGACGAGAUGUGCCGCUUUACACACGCAAUUGUGUCCUUGGACAGAGCAUGCUUUCUAUUUCUGUGGUUACCUCUGUUGUCAACUGGAGAAACACCUGUCAUUUUUAAUGACAUUUGAAUUGUUUGGACACGCCGCCCACUUAUUCCGUGAAUUGACAGGAACGCUUUGGAGCAUAUCUGAACGUCAGAAGUGACACCGUCUUGCCCCAAGACUCUAACUCUAUAUUUGUAUGAUGACUGAUUAAACUUAGUGACUUCAUUUUGCGGUUUACGGGGUCGUCGUCGCUGAAUGGUCACUACGGAAAUUAGUCCGGCAAGAUACGAGUUCUGCUCAUUGUACGAUGAUAAAGAAUUAUUGAAUUCACACAAAAUUAUACGACGCGUUUGUUCGUUUACAACAGAAAAACAUUUCAAAUUCUUAAACUUACAAUCACUGCCAGUCUCAUUAGAUUUCAAGCGUUUCUUGAAGUUUCUUUGUAGCAUCACAAAUACGUCCAUCUUUCCUUCGUUUUUUCGUCAGAGCUCUAUAGGCAAACUAUUCUCCAUAACCUCAAAAAUGCACGUGUUUACAAUAUUUAUUAAAAGUGAUAUUUUUAUAAUAUUAUAAAGUAAUAUUUUUAAAGGCGCCAUUCAAUCCAUAUGGGACUCUCAGCGUUUUUUCCGCUGACGCAUGGACUUUCAGCGUUCUUUCCUAGUACAUCUAAUUUUAUUUCGAUUAUAACUUUGGACUGUCAUCUUUGUUUUUUCUUAAAUUAUAACCCGACAAAAUAGAGGCUAUAAGCAUCGUUUUGCAUUGAAUACUUUAUUUUUCGUUAAAUGUGGACUUUUAUCGUUCUUCCCCCUGACUCUUCAUAUGUAAGUAACCUUUUAGGUUAGAGUUAAAAAUUUCCAAUAUUUCCAAGUUAAAAUCCAAAAUAGAAUCUAAUUAAGAUCUAUCUCAUGACAUAGAAUUUUAGCUAGAUAACCCCUGAAAUUUUGUAAAGAUAAAAAAGUCAAGUGACAGUAGUAUUUUUGUGUAAAGACAUAUUAAAAUGGCUAUGGCUCUGUAGUCGCUUAAAGUUGAAAAAAAAAUACAAAUUUCAACUGUCUCUAUUUCAAAAACUACCUACUUAAUUAAAGAGUGACAUACAUGCCAUCAAAUUUAUUAGAAUUUGACGAAGAAAUAAAAAAAAACAUAAAUUCUAAAACACCCUGUAAAAGAUGUUUAUCUUUAUAGGCAAAACAGCCUAUUCUGUGGAAGUAAAAAGAGUAUAUAGACAUAAUUACUAGUUUUUUAAACAAAACCAAUUCUGACUGACCGUUUUAAUUUCCAAUUUGUCAUGUUGAGUUUCAUGUCGUUCCUUGGUACAUGGGCCUGAAAUGUAUAGAUAUUUUGCAUAUUCCAAUAUGUAGGGUCAAGUGGUGUAAAAAUGAGACAUUUUAUAAAACUUUUAAUUUUUAAACCAUUUCCUUUUUGAAAUAAAUGUUCAAAAAAUUAUCAUACUAUGUAGAUUUCGAUGCUGAAUACUGAAUAACAUAGAAAUGACAAAUUCAAGGAAAUCGUUAUGGGUAUUAAGAAAAAAAAUAAAACUCCUGUCUCAUAUUUACCUGCCAUUUUAGGCAAAAAUGAGACAGGGGGUGGGUAAAAAUGAUACAUGGCAAUUUCAGACAUUUAUGAUGUUGUCCGUGGUAUGGGGCGUAAUUAUGAGAUACCCUGGUUGAAAAAUGAAACAACCUUUUGUACGAUUUUUCUCAGAUUUAUUUAAAAAAUGCAAUAAAAACUGGAAAAUAAUUUUUUUGAAAAAAAAAACAUUUUUUUGGGUCAUUUUUACCCCAUACUAAAAACCUUUAAUAAGAAAUACAUAAAUAUGUAAAAACAGUUCAAUCAAAGUCGCAGUUUGAAAAUAAAAUAAAAAUAAAAAACAGAAAAUUAAUUCUAGAUGUAGUUAUAGUUAAACGAUUUAGUUAACAUUAUAUUUAUUUAUAGCGAUAGAAAACACUCAUUUCUGUGAAACUCUGGCAGUACCUCCAUGGGUUAUUGGAGGAGGUAGUUUCAUUACUACGUCAUCCUUUGGUACUUCAUAUUUUUCAGGUAUUUGAGGAAAUAUGAAUUUUUCCCCCUUUCGACGCAAAUAAGACACAGAAAAUUCGUCAUCCCCAAUAGAUUCUACUAGCGCAACUUUAUGUCGCCACUAUUUAUGUCACUAUUUGUAUUAAAUUCCUCGGCUGCAUAAUUUUUUUCUUCCUCUUCUCUGAGUUCGUCUAAUGUCAUAUUUUCAAUGUCGCUUUCUUCUUGGUAAGUUACACUUUUAUCAUCUGAAGAGGACACGGCCACUUUUGUCACUUUUUUCUUUGGUUCUUUUGUGACACUUCUUUUUCCCUAAUACUAUCUAAAUAUUCGGCGCUAGUUAAAACAGCACAACUGGGAUUAACUUUUCUCCUUCACUUUAUUUCAGGAUUUGUUUUGUUUAUCUUAUUUAGCAAAAUAUUCUCGAAUGAAGUGGACAAAGACGGUUGUGGCUCAACAUUAUUAUCUUGAAAUGUUUUAGUGUCAUUAGUCUCGUUUGUUGUUUCUUUUUCAAUUAUUUUCUGUUCGCUAUUGUUUACAUUGUUUGCUACAACCUCAUCAUUUUCCUUUUCCUGGUUUAAUUCAAACACAUCUAAUGGAUUGGGGUUUUGAACACUUUCAUUGUAUUUUUGCAAUUUAAUUUUAUUAAGACGGUCGGGUCGACUGGAUAUUUUUCCCUAGAGCAAGGAUAUAUGCCAGUCGAUUCAAACGACUUUUUUAUUAUAGCCUCUGUAAUACCUUCAUUCCAUAACUCGCAGAUCAAAUCCGCAAAUUCGCUUUUGUUGAGACGUCUCUGAUUUAAUCUCUGCCACUCUGUAAGCUUUUGGUUCCAUUUUAGCUUCAGAGGUCCAAAGCAACACUUAUCCAACGGUUGCAAAAUAUCUGUAGCAUGAGGUGGUAAUUUAAACAAUGUGAUAUUAUUUUGUAUGGCAAGUUCAAUGGUUCCCCUAUCCAGAUGUGAGACGUGACCAUCCAUUAUAAGUAACAGCGGCCUUUCGGAAACCAUUGAACAAAAUUUGGAAAAGCAACUAUUAAAGACCGCAGUUGUCAUCCAGCCUUUAUCAGAGACAGCAUAGCAGGUUCCUUCCAAAUCGUUUGAUCCCUUCCAUGUGCUCCACAGGUCUUGUCCUUGAUAUAUAAUUAAUGGCGGUAAUAAUACGCCGCUAGCAGAAAUGCACGCCAUGGUUGUAAUAUUUUCUUUACCAGAUCCUUCUAUGCUUCUAUGAACUUUUUGGCCCAAUGCUGCAACUCCUUUUCUUCUACCUGGAUCCAUAUUAAACCCUGUUUCAUCCAAGUUAAAUAUAUGUGCAGGCUUGUCUUGCAAACCAAGUUGUUGGAUUGUUUCACCCAGGCGAUCAUAGAAGGAAUAUAUUAUAAAAGGGUCGCUAGUAGCUGUUCUCCUACACUUUUCUAGUUAUUCCAUUUUCUUCUGGCUCAGUCGAUUUCUUUUACAGAACGAACGAAACCAAUCGUCACCAGGUUUGCCUUCCUUAAAUGGGGUUUUUAUAGCAUUUUCAUUAACAUAUGUUUGCACAACUAACUGAAUUUCUUGUUUGUAUAAGCCGAAUCCCCAUUUAGCCAUAAUUUUAAUUUUUUCUUGUUCAUCGGAUAGCGCUUGUUUUCCGCCACGUUUUGAAACAUUUUUUUCGUGAAUAGCCCGAAAUAAUUUUGAUUUAUCAAUGCGAAAUUUUUUUGCUGCCGUUCGAAUAGACAACUUACCUUCCUUUACUAAGGUAAGCGCUUGUUUCAGAUCGUCGUCGUAUAGGGUUUUGCCUUUGGAACGUAAUUCCUAGGCAUUCUGGCUUGCUCUUUAUGUAGGUAUACCUAAAAUUGUUAUACAGGUUAACGUCUUAUUUUUACCCCAUGACUUGUCUCAUAUUUACCCAAACAGUCGUCUCAAAAUUACCCCAGCAAAAAAACACGUACACACUCAAUUACUUCUAGCAACAGGCUACCCGGCUUGUUCCCACAGCACAGCGCACAGUGUUGCGUGGUAUAGGGGUAAUUGGACAAAAUUAAAAUAAGCUGUUAAAAUAAAAAAGUAAACUUUGUAUUUUAUUUUUUUUAACUGUUUUGAAGUUUUUUACUAAAAUAAUGUUAAAAAUAUAACAAGAAGAGUUUGCUCACAACUUUCCUCGCCCAAAUUAGAAAAGCAAUUAAUAAUAAAAUAACUGAAUUAAUUUAUAUUUGUCUCAUAACAAACAAUAAAAUAAAAGUAUUUGCUCAAAAAACAAGCUUUCAAUAAUUAUAUGCUAAAUAUUACACACUACAAAUUAAACAAAAGUAUUUGCUUAAAAAUAUUGAAAAAAAAACAAGUCUUCAGUGUACUAAAUAUUACAUUACCUCUAUUUUUCAUAAAUGACAAAAAGUUCAGAAAAAUAAGUCAAAAAUCUAGUCAGACUGAUCAUCAUCACUACUUGAGGAACUAGAUAGCUCUAAGCCAAAAACAGAUUCUACCAGUGUGUUCUGAGAAUUCUCAAUAAUUAUAUACUCUUUUAUUUUAUUAUCAUACAAAAUAUUUUUAUUUUUUUUAGUAGAUUGUCUAUAAGAAGAUAAUUCUGGGUCAGAGGUCAGUAAAAGAGUUGAAAUUAUAUCGGUGUUGGCAUUUACCCGUGAAGUUUUUCGGCUGUUACAUAAUCUGAUUUUUCUGAAUUCUUUGUGCCUUGCUUCUAAAGCAUCUUCCGCAAGUUGCCCAAUAGGAAAUUCAAAAAAAUCAAUUAUGUCACAGCCAUGCACAAGAACUUUGUGCACCGAACUUGGCAUAUAGUACCAGCUAUAUAAAUGUAAGUAUAACCUACGAGUGUCAUUUAGCAAAAUGCGAAAAUUGGUUAUAUCGAUGUUACAACCAGACGCCAAAAUUCUUAAAAUUAAAUGAAAUUUUUCAAUUAGUUCUUUAUCGAUUCCGGUUAUUUGAGAGCUUAAAACAGGAUUUUGAAAAAAACGCCUGGCAGUAUUGCCAUCAUUUGUGGAGCCAUAUCCUGGCUUUGGCUUAUCAACUAUAAGACCCAUUUUGCUCUUAAAAUUCUCCUGGAUGGUCCUUUUUGUGUUUUCUGUAAUUGCUUUAUUUUCUGCGCCUUUCACUUGCCAAGUUUUAAUUGGCAACCGGUAUGCAAUAUGCAACAAACACUCAUAGAACCUGAUCCAGCAAUGGAGAGUUGAUAUGCCAAAACGAUAGUUUUGGGUUACUGGAGAUUUAUCUAAAACCGUAUCAGAGUUCAUUUCUUUGGGAGUGGCUCCACAAAUGAUGCAUUUUGAACAUGAGUUUGUUUCGGACAAAAUAUUUGCUAUACUUCCAUCAAACAUAGUCAAAAUCAUCUCGUAGGAAAUACUUAAAUCUUUAUUUUCAAUUGAAGUAGUAUAAACUUUCAACUCAUUUACAGACAUAACCAUGGCAUUUUCUUCUUGACGAACAACUUCAGGAUUUUCUUUUAUAAAAGCGAACUUGAUGGGUCUGCAGUAAAACGUAGAAUUUCUUUUUGGGUUAGACCAGAUUACAUUAUUGCAGCUAUCAACUAAUUUUAUUGGAACCAAUGCUGUUAAAAACAUAUAUUCAUCUGUAUUAGAUGCCGAUUCAAAUUUUUGCUUAUAUAGACUGUGUCCCGAGCUGCCAUCGAAACCCCACUUACAAAUAAGUUUUAGAUUGAACACUUGACAAAUAUUUAAAUUUGAAAUAUUAAGGAUACUGUCUGUUGUUUUUUGUAACAAUUCUUGAAGACCAACUUCUGCAGAUAUUUCUGUUACGGUAAUAUUAUUAGGUAAAUAUUUUUUUUUUGUUUGCAGUAAGGCACGGUAACUCGGGAAGCAAUCAGGAUGUAGCGCAUUUACAACAGAACGUAAAGUGUUGUAUUUUCUAACUGACAGAUCAAUAUCAUAAAAAAGAGCCAGUGCUUGCUUAGUACUCAAACAUUUUUUUUCAGAAGAAAAUUUUUCAUUAGAAGAAUCCAUACAGUGUUCUGUAGCGAAACGCAAUUCUUCAACGGUAUAGUUUUUUAGCAAAGGCUCUACUCUCCGUUUCUUUGUUUUUAAAGAAGAGUCUUCGAAUGAUUUUCGAGGCCUUCCGACUAAGUUUCUUUCUUCUACAUGACUAAGUGAAGGCCCUUGGUUAACUUCAGUUAUAUCAACAGUGAUAGAUCCACUUAGCCAUUGGCUGUGAUUUUUUUCUAACUGGCUGCGGGUUCGAUGACUUUUCUGCCAUAAAUCCUUCAUUUUUAUACAAAACAAAUGACUUUGGUCAAUUAAAUGGCUUUCUGUUUCACUGCAGAUAUCUUCAUCAAGAUUUAAUAUUGAUUUGAUUUUCAAAAAAAUAUUUUUUUCCUUAUCAUUUUGAUUGCUUACCAACCAUUCUUCAAAUAAAACUCUUUUUGGUAUAGUGUAAGCCAUAUCUAAAAAAAUUAAGAACUAAAAAAGGGGCAGUUUGGGGCAGGAAAACAACAUAGUGUAAUAAAGUACACUAGUUGAGGUACUAAUAUACAAAAAAUUGUCGAGGACAUAUGCGGACAUUUUUUUAAAAGUUUUCUCAAAGAUAGCUUAAUAUUAAAAUAUUGCUAUUUUUUCAUUUAUUUAGUAUUUAAUAUAUUAAAUAAGUGAGUAUAAAUCAGUACAUACCUAUAUGUAACUAAGCACCUUUGGUCACUAUAACACAAUAUAAUAUUUUCUACUUAUACGCACAGAACCGGAGAAAUACUUAUUUUAAAGUGUGGGUAUUUUAUAUGGCGACAAAAUAAACAAAUUAAAUGAUAAAGUUUCGGAGCUCCGUUGCGUUGUUUACACGCAUUUUAUAAAAAAAAAAAAUAUUUGUGAUAAGUGUCUGCAGCUAUUUUGUAAAUAGUACGGUACUUAAUUUUAUUAUCGACCGACUUUUAUUUUUGGACUUUUGUCCAUUAGGCGCAACACUGUGCAGCGCCGCGACACAUCAGUCUUCACAUUGCGAUCUUAACCCAGCGCGCCCGAUGGAUUACAACGGUAGAUUAAAUAAUUCACGUAUAAAUUAAUAUUAUCGUUUGAAUGAAUGUGUCUUUAGGUUUUAGAAUAUUUAGACUUAAUUACGUCCUUUUUUCGUCUCAUUAAAAUAAUUUUUAGUGGCAAAAAAUUGACUUGUCUUAUUUUUACCCAAAAUCUCCGGUGUCUCAUUUUUACACCACUUGACCCUAUGUAAAGCAAUUCACUGAAAAAUGACAAAAAUGCCCUCUCUGCAUAUGGUGAUUCACUUAUACGACUUUUGCUAUAUUUUAUUAUUAAAAAAAAAAAAGAAAAGAUGAUUGUAAAGAAUAAAAACACAAAAAUCGUCUCUGUAUAUGUUCAGAUUGACACACAGAGCAUACAUAUACAAUUUUAUUUUAUUUUCGUGAUAUACAUAUAAUAUGGUGUAUAAUGUAUCUUUAUAAGUUAGUAGAAAAAUAUUUAUAUAAUUUUUUAUGUAUACAAUGUUUAUAUAUAUUAUUAUUAUUAUUAUUAAUUCGUUAAGUCACAAUAUAAAAUAUAUUUGGUUUUGAACAA